CCGACUCAUCAGGAGGGUCAACCUCAACAGUAUGCUCUGUUUCGUCGAAUUUUCACCUACUCAUCAGGAGGAGGUUCAACCCCGACAGUCGGCUGUCUCCCAGAGCGGAGGUGAGCGGAGGCGGAGGAGAAGUGGCAGAGGCGGAGAGGAGAUGACGGGAGGAGGCGGCGGACGGGAGGUGGGCGGAGGCCGGGGGGGAAUUGGCGAUCCCAAUGGCGGGAGGGAGGUGGGCGGAGGCGGACAGGAGGUCUGCACUGGCCGUGGGGAGUUCUUUUUUUUUUUUAAGGCGGGCAGAGGGAUGACGGAUUGCGGGCAGUGGAACGGAGGCCAGAGUGGAGGUGAGCGGAGUUGGAGGAGAAGUAGGCGGAAGUGGAGAGGAGAUGGCAAGAGGAGGCAGGCGGGAGGUGGCGGAGGUGGAGAGAUGGAGGGAGGAGAUGGCAGGAGGAGGCGGUCGGGAGGUGGCGGAGGCAGAGAAGGCGGUCGGGACGUGGCGGAGGCGGAGAAGGCGGUCGGGAGGUGGCGGAGGCGGAGAGGUGAUGACGGGAGGAAGCGGACGGGAGGUGGCGGAGGUGGCGGAGAAGUGGCGGAGGCGGGGAGGAAAGCGAGAAGGUGGAGGAGAAGUGGGCGAAAGUGGAGAGGAGAUGGCAGGAGGAGGUGGACGGGAGGUGGCGGAGGUGGAGAGGAGAUCGCAGGCGGAGAGGAGAGGCGGAGAGGAGAGGCGGAGAGGAGAAGUGGCGGAGGCGGGGAAGAAAGCGAGAAGGUGGAGGAGAAGUGGGCGGAGGUGGAGAGGAGAUGCCAGGAGGAGGCAGAGGGAAGGUGGCGGAGGCGGAGAGGAGAUGGCGGGAGAGUUGGCGGGAGGAGGCGGACGGGAGGUGGCGGAGGCGGAGAGGUGAUCGAGCGAGGAGAUCGCGAGAGGAGGCGGACGAGAGGGAGGAGGCGGAUGGGAGGCGACGGAGGCGGAGAGGAGAUGGCGGGAGGAGGCGGACGCGAGUUGGCGGCCCUGCAACGGGCUGCAACGGGCCAAUGCGCCGCCUUGCAACUGAACAAUGGCCAGCAGGGCCCUCUGUUUCAACGGGCGCCCCGAUCCAUGCCACCCGAGGUCCUACCGACCGGGCCGAUGACUCGGAUCGUCCCGCGAUCUUAAGACUUUUAAGAUCGCGCAACGAUCCAGGCCGUCCAGGCGGCGGACGGCCUAGAUCGUCGCUCUAGAUCGU